CCCCGACUAGGACCAUCGCACGCUCUCUCUCUCUCUCUCUCUCUCUCUCUCUGUGAAACCCUCUGCGAUAUUGAGCCUCCGCCACCAUUUCUCUCCCGCCGGACGUUCAGAUCAUCACCUUGACAGACACAACCGACGGGCCUCUCGCUUGGGAGGUUGAGCAAUUUUUGUUGUUGGAUUGAUCGAGAAAUCUCCAAAUAUGGUAUGAGAACAAUCCAUUGUACCUCAUUCCAGCUCCAAUGGCGUCGCUUAUGACCAUCCGGCGGGCCCGAGGCCGAAUAGAACCCUCUUUCUUCAAGGUACGCCUUACAAACCCUUCUCAUUCUCGCAACAACAACAAUCAAACCAGAAGCACCUCUGCAAUCCCAGAUGACUAUCAGAGGCCCUCCCCACGACUGCAACAGCAGCAGCAGAAAGCACCGUUUAGGAGCUUUCAGAACCAGGGACAGCCUGAUCAGUGGGUCCCGCAACACCAGGGGUGGAAUUCACAGGCGCAGAACAAGAACUAUCAGGAUCGUGGAUACCCUAAUCAGGGACACAACUUUCCCAACAGUGGCUACCCUGAUCAAGCUCGGGGUUAUUCUCAGCAUGGAAACCGUAAUCAGUGGACUCCUCAAUAUGAAAACCCUAAUCAAGUAAACACUCAGACCCCAAGUUUUCAGCAACCCAGGGCCCCAAAACAGUGGCACAAUAUAAACCAAGGGUAUCCAACGGUCCAAAAUCCUAAUCAGUGGAGCCAACAGGUCCAGAGCCCUAACCGAGACCAGGUUGUUGAGGACCAAACACCGGUUUCUUCUCCCCCUCCACCUUCGAUUGAAGACCUUAUUCAGUUUUGCGAAACGGGGAAGGUUAAGGAAGCUAUUGAACUGAUAGAGCAAGGGGUUAAAGCUGAUUGGAACUGCUUCCAUAGGCUGUUUGACCAUUGUGCCGAAUCAAAUUCUUAUGAGAAUGCAAAAAAGGUUCAUGAUUUAUUGUUACAGUCGACUUGUCGGGGUGAUCUUCCGUUGAACAAUAAGGUGAUUGAAAUGUAUGGGAAGUGUGGAGGCAUGACCGAUGCGCGGAGAGUGUUUGAUCAUAUGCCAGAUCGGGAUAUGCAGUCUUGGCAUUUGAUGAUUAAUGGGUAUGCGGAUAAUGCGUUGGGUGAUGAGGGGUUGCAUUUGUUUGAGCAGAUGAGGCAGCUUGGUUUGAAACCCACUGGGGAGACUUUUCUUGCAGUCUUUUCGGCUUGUGCCAGUGCGAAUGCUGUGGAGGAAGCAUUUAUACAUUUUAAGUCAAUGAAGGAUGAGUGUGGAAUCAAUCCAGGGUUUGAGCAUUAUAUGGGGGUUCUAGGUGUACUUGGGAUGUGUGGGCAUCUUAAUGAAGCAGAGGAGCUGAUAGAGAGACUCCCAUUUGAGCCAAUGGUAGAGGUUUGGGUGACUUUGAGGAAUUAUGCUCGGAUUCAUGGAGAUGUUGAUCUUGAAGACCGGACUGAGGAGUUGAUGGUUGCUCUUGAUUCGUCAAAAGCUGUUGCUAAUAAGAUCCCUACCCCUCCACCCAAAAAGCGCACUGCAAUCAGCAUGCUUGAUGGGAAGAAUAGAAUCAGUGAAUAUCGAAACCCAACUCUUUACAAGGAUGAUGAAAAGCUGAAGGCCUCCAUUGGGAUGAAAGAAGCAGGUUAUGUGCCGGACACGAGAUAUGUUCUUCAUGACAUCGAUCAAGAGGCCAAGGAGCAGGCCUUGCUCUAUCAUAGUGAGCGUUUGGCAAUUGCAUAUGGUCUGAUCAGUACUCCAGCAAGGACGCCUCUUAGGAUCAUCAAGAACCUCCGCAUCUGCGGUGACUGCCAUAAUGCCAUCAAGAUCAUGUCCAAGAUCGUUGGGAGGGAACUAAUUGUUAGGGACAAUAAACGGUUUCAUCAUUUCAAAGAUGGCAAAUGUUCCUGUGGAGAUUACUGGUGAUGUCCGUGAAACAUUGAACUUUUAGGACAGACGUCCUCCGAGAUUUUGUUGUGCAGACUGCAGAGUGCUAAAAUUGCCAAGCUUUGUAGUGUGGACAGUUGGUUUAGUCGGUUUUUUUCUUUCAGAUGUCUCAUAAUCUGUUGGUUGUACAAUUGCUUGCAACUACAUGAAUCGUUGGAGUUUUGUUUUUGCUGUCAACAAACACAUCGUGAUUGAUUUUCUUAA